AUGCCGCCACAUCUUCAUCCGCGCUCGCGGUCCACGAGCACUCUUUUCGCCGGUACCCUUCUCGCAUCCCUCGUGGUGGUCGGCAUGCCACAUCUCUUCCCUUGUCCAGCUCCACGACGAACCCUCGCCGAUUCCCAGAUGAUGAUUACAGCCGACGGGCAACAAGUACCUCGUAUCCGUCGCCGCAGGCGGAAAGAUGCAGACAUCGACUCAGAAUUCGGCCGGCCCGGCCUUCCGACACCAUCCGGCGCGAUGGAUGAAGAAGUGUCUACAUUCUUUCAGAUGGAAGAGGAGGCAGAGAAUAUAGCACACCUUGGACAUGAAUGCCCUGUCCCAAAGCCAAAGGGUGUCCUCGGCGAGCUGUUGGGCUUCCGCAAUGCUCGUAACAAUGAACAACCUCAGACCCAGACAACAGGAUCUGACGGAGGUCGAUAA